AUGGCGUCCCAAGAGGAUCAAAGGCUGCACAAUGUGGGAGUCGCGGCUCUCGCUGCCAUCGCGCAAUACCCGCAUGCCGUGAAUGAUGAGAGCAAUUCUCUUUUAGUGUCGGAGGUGGUGCAUGCGAUGACUGGCAGGUCCCUGCCAGUGUACCAUCACCACAACCCCCAUCCAACCCUUGGCGACCAAGUGCAGUCACCUUCGAAUCCUGAAAUCAAUUUUUCGCCACUAUCCUUUUCCCCGGUGUCCGACGGGAAUAGCGUGCCGUCUGGAUCGAAUGCUCUCUCGCCACUCUCGCAGGACGAUACCGAUAUCGACAUGGAGGGCAUUGUGCAAGACCUGAUCGAGCGCACUGCAACAUGGCCUAACAUCGCGACAAUUGCGAACGAGAGCGAUAUCGAGAAGGAUAUGGUGAAGGAUUACGAUCCUGAAUUCGAGGACCACACCUCGCCGUCGACUACCCCGGACGAUGAAUUUGAAGAUUUCCUCCGGUUUUACCCCGACGAGGAGGAAUAUUACCGCGAGGAAAAUGAGCCGCGGUCUCUGGAGCCUGGUAUGCAUGAGGUGGACUUGGACGAGUUUUAUCACACCAUCAACUAUGACACUCAAGAUGUGGAUAUUCCUGAGGUUCCGGGCACUCCACCCUUGGGUCCUUUCCCGGGAGUCGAUGAGCUUGAUGCCCAUCCUCCCUCCAUCAUUCACACUACAACCCAUGAACGAAACCUCACUAUUGAUGAAUUUAUCCAGCGCACAGAAUCCCCCCCGCAGCUACGCCCGCUAUCGAAAAUGAUGAGCUGGACUCCUCACCGUGAUGUGUACCGGCCGCAUACAUAUGAAGAUGACAUAUAUGAUCUUCAACAAAUCCCUUGGGCGGAGACUUUGAAAGUCAAACCCAGUGAGGCGCGCGCCCUUCGCGAUGCAUGGUACACAUCAUACCACAAUAUCCCCAAAAACUCCCAUAGCCGCCGCCUCAACCAUCUCCCCCAAGAUGAAUUAUUCUUCCAAGAAAAGUCAAUGCAUACCGCACACAAAGCGACAAUCGAACACUUCCAACUACGAAACCUGAUGUCGGUCCCUGCCUACAACACCAUCAACUUCGCCAGCCGUUCAAAAGUCUACUCAUGGGCCCCAUCCUUCGAUGAGAACCGAGUCCUCAUCGACCUAUCACGAGCAUACCCAGAAAGCGGCUUCCUAGGCCCAGUCAAAAUCUCCAGUAUGAAGACCGCGCACGGUCUCACCAUCGCAGGUGGUUUCUGCGGCGAAUACGCCCUUCAAGCUUCCGACGGCGCAGGAUCCGGCGCUAAGGGCCUAGUCACGCCCGACCCGAGCGACGGCAUCACAAACCACGUGGACAUUGUUCCAAAACGGACCGGCAGUUCUCCAAUCUGCGUCUUCUCCUCGAAUGACCGCCACCUCCGAGUCCUCGACUGUGAAACAAACACCUUCCUCUCCGACCAAGAACUCUCCCGCCCGAUCAAUUGCACCGCCACAUCUCCGGACAGCCGUCUCCGCGUCGUCAUCGGUGAUUCCCCGGAUGCUUGGGUCAUUGAAGCCGACACCGGAAGACCAGUCCACCCUUUACGCGGACACGAAGAUUUCGGCUUCGCUUGCGCCUGGUCCCCCGACAUGCGCCACAUAGCAACAAGCAACCAAGACAAAAAAGUAAUCAUCUGGGACGCGCGCACAUGGCGAAUUCUCGAAACAAUCGACUCCGACGUCGCGGGGUAUCGAUCAUUACAUUUCUCCCCUGUGGGCGGUGGACCACGAACACUCCUCUGCGCCGAGCCAGCAGAUCGAAUAUCCAUUAUAGACGCGCAGCUCUACCAGUCUCGACAGGUGCAUGAAUUCUUCGGCGAGAUUGGCGGGGCGGAUUUCUCGCCUGAUGGGGGGACAGUGUGGGUUGCUAAUACGGAUCCGCAUUUUGGCGGGUUUAUGUCAUUUGAGAGGCGGGAGUGGGGGAGGGAAUUUGGGGUUUUGGAUUUGGUGAAUGAGUUUGUUGGUGAGGACCGGCUUGAUGAGGAUGAGAGUGAUGAGGAACAUGAUUUGUUUGUUCUUUAG